AUGCCUGCAGCCAAGCCCAAGCUCGCUUCUCUCACCACCCCGGUGUCCGCCUCGUUCCCGGCGGACGCUAUCGCAUCGGCCGUAUCCAGCGCCAAAACACCCCUUUCGGCCGUUUUAAGGGAUCCGUUGGCUUCCGCUGGUCUACCUUCGGCUGGUCUGCCCUCUGCUGGGAUGGUGUCUCCUUUUGGUACCGUUGCCAUGGUCAAGACAGAGGAAGGAAUGAUCAAGACGCCGAUCUCUCCACCGGUGGCCUACAUCGACUUCCUCAGACUGGCCAGCCCAACAAGCAUGCCCAGCCCAGCAGUACUCAGCCCGCCGCUGACUGCCGGGGCUACCAAGUCGAAACUCAACAGGACAUCGACAUCGGACUCAACGAAUAGCACCAGCACCUGCAAGACGGCAUCCUCAGAUGAGGCUGCUGAUGAGGCUGGCGACAGGGAUUUGGUGGAUAGCGGACCUUCAACGGCUACCAGUGAAGACAGCGAGUGCUCCUGUGACUGUGACAACGCACACAAGUCCCCUCUCAAUAAAUGCGCCGUUGUCUCUUCUUCGCCAUUUGCAGUCUAUCCUCUCUCGGCUCCAGCAACAGGUCAAGCUCACUUUCCGAGCCUCAAGGUACCACCUUCCCCUGCCAAAGGAAACGUCGACUCGCCCGUACAAUCGCCUUUCAGCGCAAGAUCAGUAAAGUCGCCAUUUGACUGGGAGGCAGCACUCAAGGCCAGGAGGUAUGCAGAUGCAGCCAAGACCAGCAACAGCGGCCAUCGUCGCGGAUGCAGCAAGAGCACAUCUGCAACGAACUCGAGGACAAGCGUACGACACAUCCGUGAAGUCGUCACCAGGACCGUCACUUACACCCCCAAGAUGGACCCCGCACCAAAGGGGAAGAGGAGAAAAGUUCAAUGA